AUGGCUUCACACGGCUUUCGUUUUACUCGGUCAAGAACUGCUAGUCAAUCAUUCCAUUUAUUAGUGGCUGCAGCUUUCGGUCCAGUCCGGCACCUUCCUCCUGAAGAUCCUCACUCCCUCACUGUUUGGUUCUUGAAAAAAAAAAGGUUUUCUUGGAGUGAUAUUGAUUGCCUUAAAGCCUUUAAAGCUUCAAUUGAAGAUCCAGAAAACGUCUUAAUUUCAUGGGAUUUUAAUAACAAUACCGAAGGAUACAUCUGCAAGUUUGCAGGCAUCGAAUGCUGGCAUCCUGAUGAAAACAAGGUUCUAAAUAUAAAACUCCCAGACAUGGGACUCAAGGGCACAUUACCUCUUGCACUCCAGAAUUGUACCUCCAUGACAGGAUUAGAUCUUUCUAGCAACAAGCUUUUUGGAAAGCUCCCAACCAACAUGACAAAAAUUCUAGGGUUUGUGACAACUCUCGAUCUAUCUUCAAACAAUUUCUCGGGGAAAAUCCCUUCAAGCUUUGCAAACUGUUCCUAUCUUAAUGUUCUCAGACUCGGUAACAACCGGUUUUCGGGUCAGAUUCCUUUAGAAUUACGUAACCUUAAUCGCCUCAAAGAGUUUAGUGUUGUUAACAAUCAAUUAUCUGGUCAAGUUCCAUAUUUCCAAAAUGGUACAGAAGUGAGCUACACGGGUAAUCCGGGGUUAUGUGGGCAUCCUUCUUUGUCCCCUUGUCCAGGAACCGUUAAAAAAUCCAAUACGGGUGUCAUUGUGGGGGCCGCUGUUGGUGGGGCCACUAUUGCUGCAUUAAUUGUAGUUUUUGGAAUGCUGUUCUUUAUGCGUAAGGUUGUUAGGAAAAGGAAAGAUGAUGAUCCAGAUGGAAAUAAAUGGGCCAAGAGUAUUAAAGGAGCUAAAACCAUCAAGCUUUCCAUGUUUGAAAACCCGGUUUCCAAGAUGCGAUUGAGCGAUCUAAUGAAAGCCACCAACAGUUUCAGCAAAGAUAAUAUCAUCGGGUCAGGAAGAACCGGGUGUUUAUACAAAGCAGAAUUCGAAGAUGGCAGUUUGCUUAUGAUCAAAAGAUUACAAGACACUCAACAUUCCGAGAAGGAAUUCGCAUCUGAAAUGUCAACCCUCGGAAAAGUCAAACACCGAAACUUAGUCCCACUUUUAGGGUUUUGUGUCGCGAAAAAAGAACGCCUUUUAGUCUACAAAUACAUGGCAAACGGUAACCUCCAUGACAAACUCCAUCUAUUGGAAAAUGACACAAAACCCCUCGAUUGGCCUUCGAGGCUAAAAAUCGGAAUCGGCAUAGCCAAAGGGUUAGCAUGGCUCCACCAUAACUGCAACCCGCGUAUCCUUCACCGUAACAUAAGUUCAAAAUGCAUUCUACUGGAUUCCGACCUCGAGCCCAGAAUCUCUGAUUUUGGGCUCGCAAGGCUCAUGAAUCCAGUAGACACGCAUUUGAGUACUUUUGUAAAUGGGGAAUUCGGCGAUUUGGGAUACGUGGCCCCCGAAUACGCGCGUACCCUCGUGGCCACCCCAAAAGGCGAUGUGUAUAGUUUCGGGGUUGUCCUUUUGGAAUUGGUGACCGGUGAAAGACCAACACAUAUCAGUAAAGCUCCGGAAACUUUUAAGGGGAGUUUGCCUGAAUGGGUUAUUGAGUUAUCGUCUGAAGGGAGGCUUCAGGACUCAAUUGAUAAGUCGUUUGUGGAGAAGAGAAAUGAAAGUGAGGUUUUUCAGUUUUUGAAAAUUGCGUGUAAUUGUGUGGUCCAGGCUCAUAAGGAGAGGCCCUCGAUGUUUGAAGUGUAUCAGUUGUUACGGGCGAUUGGUGCUCGAAGGAGUUUUGAAGAUAAGACACGUUUCAACCAAGCAUUUAGCUUCGACGCUAACACAAUGAGUUCAACACGAAAACAGCCUCACGUUCUGGUGCUCUCAUACCCUGCUCAAGGCCACGUUAACCCCAUGAUCCAAUUCUGCAAACGCUUGGUUGCCAAAGGCAUCAAAACAACAUUUGCAACAACAUUUUCCUUCUCCAAAAAUGUCCAUAUCGACCUUAACAACACCCUCAUCACCUUCGAAACAUUCUCUGAUGGGUUUGAUGACAAUUGCCCUGAUCAAAUUGUGUCCCCAGAUGUUUACUUCCCAAAGCUUCGUGAAGUAGGCCCAAAGUCCCUAUCGGAUCUUAUUCAAAAACUAGGGGGUGUCAACGCCAUUGUUUAUGACGGGUUUUUGCCUUGGGCUCUUGAUGUCUCCAAGCAAUUCAAGAUCAUGGGAGUCGUCUUCUUCACUCAAACUUGUGCUGUCAAUAAUAUUUACUAUCAUGUCAACAGAAACCUUCUCCAAAUCCCAUUGUCGGAUUCGGAUUCAUUAGUCUCACUUCCUGGAUUACCACCACUUGAAUACUGGGAAACUCCUUCAUUCGUGCACAAAUUUGACUUGUUUCCUGCUGUUUCUGAUCUAGUUUUUGGUCAAUUUACCAACAUUGAUCAAGCAGAUUGGGUGUUGAUCAACUCAUUUUACAAAUUAGAGGAAGAGGUGGUCAAUUGGAUGGGGAAGUUGUGGCGUGUGAGGACGAUAGGCCCAACGCUUCCAUCAAUGUACCUUGACAAACGAUUGUUAGAUGAUCGAGAGUAUGGAGUGAAUGUGUUCAAACCAAAACGGGUUGAAUGCAUGAACUGGCUAAACAACAAGCCGAAAAGAUCGGUUGUUUACUUAGCAUUUGGGAGCUUGAUGCAGCCUGGAUCUGAGCAAAUGAAAGAAAUAACAUGUAGUUUGAGUGAUGGUGGUUUUAGCUUCUUGUGGGUGGUUAAGUCUUCUUUAGAGGACAAUAUCCCGCAAGAGUUUGUCGAUGGCAUGUCAAAGAAAGGGUUAGUUGUGGCAUGGUGUCCUCAAUUGGAAGUAUUGACUCAUGAGUCAAUAGGAUGCUUUGUUACACAUUGUGGGCUCAACUCAGUUCUUGAAGCAAUUGGUUUGGGUGUGCCGAUGGUUGCAAUGCCACAAUGGUCCGAUCAGACCACAAAUGCUAAGUAUGUUGAGGAUGUUUGGGGUGUGGGAGUCCGGGCUAAGCAAGAUGUUAAUGGGAUUGUGACCAGACGAGUGUUGGAUGCGUGCAUAAGGCAAGUCAUGGAAGGAGAGAAAAGCAUCGAGAUCAGGAAAAACGCAACCAAAUGGAGGGAUUUAGCGAUAGAAGCUAUCGAAGAAGGUGGAACCUCAGACAAGAACAUCAACGAAUUCGUAGCAGAAUUGAGCCUACAAUAUUGAUUAUUUGUCUACAAGUCUUUAAUACAUUUUAAAAAUAACAUAUAGCUUACAUUUCUCCACCCACGUCAUUAAAUAUUGGAUAAUUACACAAAUCAUCUCUCUAGUUUGGG